AUGGAGGAUGGUCCUGUUUCCUAUGGCUUUAAAAACAUUUUUGUUACAAUGUUUGCUACUUUUUUUUUCUUCAAACUUUUAAUCAAAGUGUUUUUGGCUCUCCUAACUCAUUUCUAUAUCGUCAAAGGAAAUAGAAAAGAAGCGGCUAGGAUAGCAGAAGAGAUCUAUGGUGGAAUUUCAGAUUGCUGGGCUGAUCGAUCCCCACUUCACGAAGCUGCGGCCCAGGGGCGCUUACUGGCCCUUAAAACUUUAAUUGCACAAGGUGUCAACGUGAACCUCGUGACAAUUAACCGGGUCUCUUCGCUCCACGAGGCGUGCCUCGGAGGUCACGUGGCCUGCGCUAAAGCCUUAUUGGAAAAGGGCGCGCACGUCAACGGAGUGACGGUCCACGGAGCCACGCCCCUCUUCAACGCGUGCCGGAGCGGCAGUGCUGCGUGCGUCCACGUGCUGCUGGAGUUUGGCGCCAAGGCCCAGCUGGAGGCGCACUUGGCUUCACCCAUCCACGAGGCAGUGAAGAGAGGUCAUAGAGAGUGCAUGGAGAUUCUUCUGGCAAAUAACGUUAACAUUGACCAAGAAGUGCCCCAGCUUGGAACUCCCCUGUAUGUGGCCUGCACCUACCAGAGGGUAGACUGUGUGAAGAAACUUCUCGAAUUAGGAGCCAGCGUGGACCGCGGCCAGAGUCUGGACACCCCGCUCCACGCCGCUGCGAGGCAGUCCAGCGUGGAAGUCGUCCACCUGCUAGCGGACUAUGGGGCUCCCCUGAAGUGCAGAAAUGCCGAGGGGAAAAGUGCGUUGGAUCUGGCGGCUCCGAAAAGCGGCGUGGAGCAGGCCCUCCUGCUCCGGGAAGGCCCGCCUGCUCUCUCCCAGCUCUGUCGCCUGUGUGUCCGGAAGUGCUUGGGCCGAGCGUGUCGUCAAACCAUCCGUGAGCUGCAUCUGCCGGAGCUGCUGGAAAGAUUCCUGCUAUACCGGUAGUCCCAGCUGGCCUUAGGAAGGUACUUGGAAAUGAGCAGGCUACUGCCUGCUGUACCCAGGGUACUUAGUGUAGACACCCAGUGGCUAGGCUCUGAGUACCUUCCAAUGAGCAGAGUCAGCUAGUGUUGGUCCCCGAAGAACCAGAACACCCGAGGAGUAGAAACUCCUGGUUAAUGCUCUCGUUCCCCAAGGGGCAACCGGAAGCCUUUUGGUUUUUAGCUUUUGUUGUUAAGACACUUUAGAAAUCUGUGCAGCGGAGUGAAAAUAAUCUGUGUUUGAAGAUUCGUGGUCUUUAAUUAUCUAAGGGUCAAUAUUAUGCAUAUCUUGCAGAUACAUGUGAAUCUUGGGUGAAUAAGAGUCUGACGAGUGUAUCUCAUGAUGUGUUCCUGAUGUA